UUCAAUUGUUAUCAAAUGCGUGCUCAUGUUGUCCAGAUGUUCCCAAAUGAUGUUUACUUUGGCGAUAUUAUUGGUGCUGCAAAGUCUUUCAGUUCCGGCCAACCUUUGCUGAGCAGUUUGCAACAAUUGUCGUAUACACAUUUAUGUAAAGCCUACUGUGUAGUAGCAGUUGAAUCUGCUGGCAGGCAAGUUCCAAUUGCAUUUCUGGAACGAGUCAAGGAAGACUUCAACAAGAGAUAUGGUGGAGGAAAGCUGCAACUGCUACCGCAAAUAGCCAGAAUAAAGAAUCUGGGUCCAAAUUGAAGGAGCAUAUGCAGCAUUGUGUGGACCAUCCUGAAGAGAUCAGC